AUGACUGCCAUAAUAUUACCAGAGGAUCAGAAUGGCUGGAGAGACCAAGCAAGGAGAAACAAGGUGGAGAAUCAAACUCUACGGAUGAACGUGAAGUUAUAUUCCGCAUCGCAUGUCAGCCACCGCCAAUACCUCUUGUUUCGCACCCUCCUCCCUCCCAUUGUACAGCCAAACCAGCUGAACGUCCAGACGUUUGGAAAACCACAUCUUAUGAUUCCAGCCAAUCAGCGGCUAAAUUGUUUGGCGUUCAACGAAUACAUCGCGAAUUUCACCAAUAGACAGGCGCAGGCGACGGGGUGGGUCUGGGGUGGAACGGACCGCCUCUUUAGGGUCCCAGCAGUCCAACAACAGCAGGUCAUUCGCAACCUGACUAUCAACGGUAUCAAUCGCGGCGCAACUGAGUCGACCGUCAAUACUGCCUUUUUAUCGUUCUUGCACGCCCUUUCAGACUUGUGUCCGCAGCCUGCUCAACGCCUAUGGACAACGGAGAGGAAGAAACUCGUGGCGGACUUCGGCACACCGCAGCGUGAGAGAAAAUUCGUGGCCUACACAGACGGACAGCUGGAAGAUGCCACCACCGGUCGGAUUUUGGCACUCGUCGAAUGCAAAAGAUCAUGGAGAGACAAUCACUCUCCGAAAGUGGACAUGCAAGAAGUGGCAGAGAUAGUCGCAUGGAUUAAGAAUUUUCCCGCGGUAGCAGGGGCUGCUGAUUCACGAGUACUUUUGUCGAAAGAUGGUACCGAGCUCUAUAUUUGUGUCUUUGGUUACGAUGAUGGAUGGUUGAGUCAUUUUAAGAGAGAGUCCAACCACACCAGUGAAGAUUACUGCAAAUAA